CGCGGAUUAACGGAUUUGUUACAAGUUUGUUUGUUGUGAUUUUGGAAGCCGCUUUCAAACUAUCAGUGCUACUAGUUGUUCAUGUUUAAAUUGACAGUUUAUGUCUCCAUAGCUACAAUUUGAAGGAUGAGUCUGUCUUUAAGGACUGAGCUGGCAGUGGAUAAAACCAAGAGAAAGAAAAGGCGAGAGCUGACUGAGGAGCAGAAGCAUGAAAUAAAAGAGGCAUUUGAACUGUUUGACACAGACAAAGACAAAGAGAUCGACUACCAUGAACUCAAGGUGGCAAUGAGAGCUCUGGGUUUUGAGGUGAAGAAGGUCGAUGUCCUGAAGAUACUUAAAGACUAUGACAGAGAGGGAAACGGCAAAAUAACAUUUGAGGACUUCAGCGAAGUCGUGACAGACCGGAUGCUGGAGCGGGACCCUAAGGAGGAGAUCCUGAAAGCCUUCAAGCUGUUUGACGACGACGACUCGGGGAGGAUCAGCCUGAGGAACCUGAGACGCGUGGCCAGGGAGCUGGGGGAGAACAUCACAGACGAGGAGCUACGCAGCAUGAUUGAUGAGUUUGAUACAGACGGAGACGGAGAGAUUAAUCAGGAGGAGUUUAUAUCCAUAAUGACGGGGGACUCCUGAUUGGUGGGCUGCCGCCCUGAGGGCGUGGUUAAGAGGCUGUGGUUGCUGAUUCACUGUGUAAUGGAUGGAUCCCCCAGGUCAAUGUGGAACUGCUGGGAGAUGACCUUGUCUCCUUUCCUACAUCCAUACUGACCUAAAGGGACUGCCCAGGAAAGGAGGAAAGGGCUAGGGUACUGAGAUUCCAACUUGAUCUCAUCAAAUGGCACUUCUGUCGCUCUUGUUCUUGUCUUAGUUUAAAGAUCGUAUGUCUUAAGAAUGUGUUUGGUUGGGCUACAUCCUAAGGUUGUGUAUUUUCUUUGUUUCCUUUCAAAUGAAAAUGUUAUUCCAAGUAUUUGAUUAGAUGCACUUGCUGUGUUGUGUAUCUGAGCCAUACAGAAAACUGUAGAGAUUACAUGACCGAUCCUCUGAAACAUUCCUUGUAAAUGUUCAGUAGUUUGUAGUAAUAUUUCUGAGCGGUGGUUUGUAGUGCAACCACAUGUUGCUGUUAGAAAUUUGCUUUUUGGUGUGUUUAUUUAUUUUACAUAAUAAACCAAAUUGACUAUGAA